GGGCCUGCACGGCACUGUCAAACCCCUCUGUGUGGCUCCUUGGUGUGGGCAGACUGCAGGAAGAUGGCGGAAUUGUCGGAGAUGGAGAAGAGCAUAGAGACCAUCAUCAACGUCUUCCACCAGUACUCUGUGCGGCUGGGGCACCCGGACACCCUGAACCAGAAAGAAUUCAAACAGCUGGUGCAAAAAGAGCUGGAAAACUUCCUCAAGAAUAAGAAGAAAGAUGAGAAAGUCAUAAAUCAUAUCUUGGAGGACCUGGACACAAAUGUAGACAAGCAGCUGAGCUUCGAGGAGUUCAUCGUCCUGGUGGCCCGGCUGACGGUAGCCUCCCAUGAGAAGAUGCAUGAGAAUGCCCACAAUACAGAAGGCCAUGAGCAUGGGGCAGGCCUCGGGGAGGAUGACACCCACGAUGAUGACAGCCAUGGAGACCACGGCCACGGCCACGGCCACAGCCAUGGAGGCCACGGCCACAGCCACUAAUCAGGAGGCCAAGCCAUGCUGCCUCUGCCCAACUAGGGCCACAGUCCUGUGUGCCACAUUACCUGAGCUGUGGGCCUGGGGGCUGUGGGAUGAAAUAAAGUCAUCCUCUAAGCCAGUG